AUGUUUGAUAUGGCACUGGGUCUCACCAUCGAAAAGGCUGGGUUACGAAGCCCUCAGCAGGGCCUCGCAUAUAUCAUCAUCCUCUACGUGGAAAGACAGUGCAUUCAGCCAGAAGACGACUCAGCGCCCUACCUUAUUCUCUCCAAUCAGUCGCAACCCUCAAUCCAAUGGUCCGCAAAAAAGCAAAAACCUGGUUGCCAAGAUGAUCCUUGGGGUGAAGACUCGCCUACUAGAACGGUCGAUGCUUUUGAGCUCUGCAGCCGUUAUAGCCUAGAGGUUAUAUGUCAGGCUGCAUUUUCUAUGGACUUGUCAGCAGCCGAGGCUAAGGAUGACAAGACAAGAAUUCUCAUGCAAGCGAUCGAUGAUAGUGCAAUGACGCUCCCGAUUACAUCUAUAAUGCCGUGGUUGCGCUCAACCUGGCUCGGACGAAAGUUUCCUGGUCCCGUGGGCAAUGUCUUCUGCCAACUGGCGUGCUGGCAAGUUCUGUCGCGCGAGAUGGUCGAUCAUCUCAUUAGGAUGACUGCGAGCAGGUCGGAAUCCACGGAGAAGAAUCUGCUAGCGCUGUUGUUGAACGAGGUUGAUUCAUUCAUGGGCAGUAGAUUGACUAAGGAUGAGUUACUCGAGGAGGCAAUGGGGAUCAUAUUUGCAGGUAGUGGGACAACAUCAACGAUACUAAUUUAUCUUCUUUACGCUAUAUCGUGCCCGGAGAAUACGGCGGUCCAGACCAGGCUACGUGAAGAGGUCCUUAGUCUUCCUCCGUAUGACACCCUCGCGCUCCGGAACAGCCUGUAUAUCAACGCUGUGAUCAAGGAGACAUUCCGCCUCUACCCUACCACCAUCUCCACGCUACCGCGGAUCGUGAAUGAGGCGUUCCAGGUAGAGAACAUCAUAUUACCUGCUGGCACGGUAGUUGGUAUGCAGAACGAAGACGUAACUGUAUUGGGCAAAAUCUAG